AUGGGCGAGCAGAUAACGGCAAACCUUAAUUGCCAGCCGAACCCAUGCCACACAAACUCUGGAAUUGUUUCGAAGGGCUGUGCAUACGGAAGGAAGCCGGUUUCACGACGUGUUGUGCCAGCCGCUCUGACCCUGGACCCGAAAACCGCCAACCCCUGGCUCGUCCUGACCGAGGACCUGACCGGUGUGAGGGCGGGGGACCGGCGGCGAGACGUUCUGGACCUGCCGCAGAGGUUCGACCGGUGCGCCUGUGUGCUGGGGUCGGAGGGAUUCACAUCGGGGAGGCACUACUGGGAGGUGCAGGUGGCAGACAAGACAGAGUGGGACCUGGGUGUGGCUAAAGAGUCCUGCGACAGGAAGGGGAGGAUCAGACGGAUGCCCGAGGACGGCUGCUGGAGACUGAGCCUCCGGGGCGGGGACGGAUACGCGGCGUUCACCUCGCCGCCCACCAGCCUGAGCAUCGCUCCCAAGCCCGGGAGGAUCGGGGUGUACCUGGACUACGAGGGGGGGCAAGUCUCCUUUUACAGUGCGGACAGCAUGACCCACCUCCACACUUUCACCGAAACUUUCACCGAGAAAGUCUACCCCUACUUCUGCCCCUGUUUGAACGACGGGGGGAGGAAUUCGGCGCCAAUGAAAAUCUGCGGGGUUAACCCCCACUCUCUGACAUCACCUCGCCGGUCCCUAAACUCCAGCUCAGUGGACCCUUGAGGAGAGUGCACUGCCUUGCUUUAGUUCCGUUGUGUUAUCGGCUUUACGGAAACGUGUUUCACGGCCCGUCCUGUGACGACUGCAGCAAGGGUUUGAUUCCUUCAUUUCGUGGC